CGGAGCGUGGAUGUUGAUGUUCUGUAUCUAACAAGGUUGCGCUCGAGGUAGCGCGAGCUCUGGAGGUGUCCGGAGGAUUCAGUAUUUACUACGUUGACUUCAUCAGCCAGCCAAGAUGGCUAUGCAAGCGGCUAAGAGGGCAAACAUUCGUCUUCCGCCUGAAGUAAAUCGGAUUUUAUAUAUAAGAAAUUUGCCAUAUAAAAUCACAGCUGAAGAAAUGUAUGAUAUAUUUGGAAAAUACGGACCUAUUCGUCAAAUCAGAGUGGGGAAUACACCUGAAACUAGAGGCACAGCAUAUGUAGUGUAUGAAGACAUCUUUGAUGCCAAGAAUGCAUGCGAUCACCUAUCAGGAUUCAAUGUUUGUAACAGAUACCUUGUGGUUUUGUACUACAAUGCCAACAGGGCAUUUCAAAAGAUGGACACAAAGAAGAAGGAGGAACAGUUGAAGCUUCUGAAGGAGAAAUAUGGAAUCAACACUGAUCCACCAAAAUAAGCACUGUUUUCUGUGUUUUCAUUUUGGACUAAAACCCAUGAAUCACACCACUGCUUUUUUUUUAUUAUUAAUUAAUAAUAAACAUUGUGAUUUUGUAUUUGAGAUGCAAAAUGACCUGCUUAAAACUUGGAUACUGCUAGAAUUUGUUGUUAAUAAACUUGUAGCUUUU